GAGCCGUGGAGAAUUGCCAAUUGAGAAUUCCGAUCGCUUUCGAAUAACACAGACCAGCACCGCUGUGCAACUAGCCGUAGAACACGUGCAGCGGGAGGACGCUGGUCAUUAUACGCUGAUAGCUAGAACGAAAGGUAACAAUGUUAUUCGCAAGGAUGUCGAACUCAUUGUCGACGACAGAUCGACGGGUGAGGACCCGCCUAUAUUUCUACGACGAUUGGUCGAUCUAUCGGUGAAGGUGGGAACGCGUACUCGAUUGUUAGUCGAAAUACGAAGUUCCACGGAAUUAAAGCUCACUUGGUACCGAAAUGAUCGCCGAAUAUGUGAAACCGAUCGAAUUAAAGAGAUAAAUGAAGGCACAUUUCACUAUUUGGAAGUGAGCCCAGUUAUAUUGGAAGACGGUGGCCAAUGGAUGGUGCUCGCGGAGAAUACAGGUGGACGUAAUUCAUGCAUUGCACAUUUGAACGUUUUAGUGCCCAAGGCUUACAAGACACCAGAGUUCAUUGAAGAAUUACGUGCCGUACUUACGCAACAAGGCACCGUUUCACUAGAAUGUAAAGUUGUUGGUGUACCCACACCACAGCUACGUUGGUUCAAGGAUUCCAAAGAGAUCAAGGCUGGUGAUGUAUUCGCACUGACCGCCAAUGUGGACGACCCCACCUCGUUGGGUACAUACACCUGUGAGGCCGUCAACUGUAUGGGCAAAUCAUAUUCCAGUUCCAAGGUGCAUGUAAUGGGGCGUGGUAGUAGAGAGGGUUCAUUGAAACCAGCUGAUAGCAUCCCCAACAAUGCACCCCCACCGAUCUUUACGAACGAGCUGCGCGACCUGAGUGUCCGCAUUGGCGAACCAAUUAUACUCGGCUGCCAAGUUGUGGUACCACCUUGGCCCAAAACUGUUGUCUGGUAUAAUAAAAAUGGACGCAUUGAGUCAAGUGAGCGCUAUAAAUUAAUCGAAGAUGGCUUGGGCGUUUAUAUGAUCGAAGUCAAACCCUCCGAGAGUUGUGACGAAGGCGAAUGGAAAUGCGUAGUUACUAGCUAUGAAGGUUGCGUCGGUAUUUCAACGUGUAACGUCACUAUGGACAUUCCCAAAAAUUAUCGCAAGCCACGUUUCAUGGAAAGUCUACGCGCUGUGCUCACCGAAGAAGGACUCGUCUCAUUCGAAUGCAAAGUGGUUGGUUUUCCUACACCCUUACUUAAGUGGUUCAAGGAUGGUCAGGAACUAAAACCCGGCGAUGUUUAUCAAUUAACUGGCACCAACUCGCUUGGCACAUACUGUUGCAUAGCCAAGAACUGCAUGGGUGAGAGUAGCAGCGUUGCUGUGCUCACUGUAGAGGAUAUAAAAAAUCAGCUUAACGACGAAGAGCGUCUCACAUUUGCUAAUCAGAAUCAGCCACCUAAAUUUGUGGUGGGCCUUAAAAGUCAAGAGGCCAAGAUCAACGAAUUUUUCCAAUUUACUGUAAAUGUCAAUGCCACACCAGAUCCAAUGCUCUCCUGGUUUCGCGAUGAGUUCCCGAUCGAGAACAGUGAACGUUACUCUCACUAUCGUGGCGAGCAAGAUAAUUGGCAUUUGGAUAUACGCGCUGUGGAAUUCGUAGAUCAGGCCGAGUGGAAGUGUGUGGCUGUGAAUGACUUUGGCACAAGCGUUACUUCCAGUUAUCUAAAGUUGCAGAUACCACGGCACUACAAGAAACCACGUUUCCUGGAAUGCCUGAGAGCGGUGUUGACGGAAGAGGGCGCGGUAAAUUUGGAGUGCAAAGUUAUUGGGGUGCCACAGCCCGUGCUGAAGUGGUACAAGGAUGGUGUUGAGUUAAAGCCAGGUGACAUACAUAGAAUCAUCUCAGGACAGGAUGGUACUUGCUGCCUGGGCACCUACACAUGUGAGGCUAGAAAUUGUAUGGGCGUUGUCGCUAGCUCAGCUUCGCUACUCGGUUUCGAGGAGGCGUACAAAAAUCAAAAGCACGAACAGGCACAAGAAAACGAAUUGCAGCGCAAUUUCUCCUUGUCCACCAUACAGGAGGAGCGUACAUCCCAGUUGUACGAGACACCUGUUGGCGAUAUAACGAUUGACUCAAAGGGAGAGGUAUCUUUCUCUUUCGAUGGCAAAGAGGUUUCUGUAUCCUUGUAUGAGACACCCGAUUUGACCGAAGAAGAAGCAUUGAAGAUCGUCGAAAUGUACGCCGAUCAGAUUUCAGAGCAUGUGACCGAACACAAUGUGGUGGAAUUGCCGCCACUGCGUUUUGUUAAAGAGACCUCACAGUCGGGUAAACUGCUAAUGGAAGCUGUGGUAAUUGACAUCUCGCCAGAGUACUUUUCACAUGAGGAGGACAUGCGUACCGAGGCAGGUUUGGAUGAUAUUUCCAUCAACGAGAUAACAGUGCAUGGCUCCUCGGGUCAUGAGGGUGACACCGAUCGCGAAGCUGAGAACUAUGCGCAACGCAGCUUUGAGAAAAUGGAGGAAGACUUGUCAUUGACGGCACCGAUACGCAAGCGUAAAAAAUCACGACCGACCGAAACCACUGAGGAAUUUUACAGUUUAUCGAAAGCAUCUGAUAGCCAAGCGGGCGAUGAGGAGGAUACUUCCGAUUUACAAACAUUCGCUAGCGCUACGCAAAUGUCAUCGCGCAUCGAUUCUGCUGCAGGCCCUGAUGCUGCACAGCCCGCAGAAGGUAUGCAACCACCGAAGCGCAAGAAGGCCAAAGGCAAGGCAACUGAUAGUGAUUCAUCAAAAACAACCGAAGACGAUACGAAAAUGCAAGAUAUAUCUGGUGCAGUGGGCGAUGGUUUGAUGUCUGUGAAGCCAGUAAAAGUGAUCUCCAGCGCAACGGAGAUUGAGCAGAAUUUGAGGACACUGCUGCCACUAGCGAAAUCGCUGAAGACUAUUGAGCACCACCUGACUAUCGUGGAAAAUGAAGUGGUCGAGCAGGCAGCCAUGAUGAUGACGUCAGGGUCUGCAGAACAGAGCAUCGCCAUCAUACGCAAUAUCAUCGACCCGGUGAAGCAGGUGGAGUGCAAAUUGCGCGCCUAUUCCGGGGAGACACCACUCGACGCGCUCUUCCAAACGAUGGAGGAGGAUAUACGAAAGCUGCACACCAGCCUACAGGUCAUUGAGAAGUGUGUCGAAAUAGAUGAAACUGGCGUGACGCUUAUACAACGCACCAGUGUCUGCAUUAUAGACAGUGUGGGCGAUCAGCUGAUAAAGGCAUUGCAAGAGGUGCAGAACAUUGCAAAGACUUUCGAGUCUACGAGCUUGCGUGCACAUAUAGAUCUCACCGCAGACGAUAUUAGGCAAGGUCUCGAAAUCACACAGGGCACUAUAAAGUCACAGGCGCUGCUGCAAGAAGCGCAGGAGUUGGAGGCGGCCAAGCAUCUCUCGGAAACGGUUGCCAAGCUACAGGCUAGACCAGAGGGAGAACCGGCGUCCUUUGCUAAUAUCUCGGAUGCUAAAUUGCCUGACGAAGCUGAUGCACUGAAGCUCAUUUGUCAGCCGGUUGUGAAUAUACAAGCCGCCUUAGAGCAGGUGGAGAAUGAAUUGAGUCUCGAAGAAAACGAAGAACAGAUCUACAAGAAGGUGCACAAGAAAGUGUUGGAAAAUAUUGUCGAACCAAUUAAGGAACUGCAAUCGGUGUUGGAGAUAAUCGAACGAAAGGCGGAGGCACUCGCUGGCACCGAAUCGACAGAGCAAAAAGUUAAUAUGGCCAUUCUGGACAUUGUCACACCGGCUCUAUUUGAACUCAACAAGGGUAUGGAAAUAAUAUUGAAUGAGUCGUCGGACAAUGUUCAAGCAGGCAUGUUGACUGUUAGCACUGUGGAGUCGAUGGUACCGCCAUUGCAAGAGAUACAGAACGGGCUGGCGCAGCUCACACAGGACGUGGAAAGUGGACACUUUACGGAAGAGGCCGUGCUCGACUCGGCGGAUACGCAAAAGUUGCUGCAAUCUAUAGCGCAGUCUGUGCUUCACUUCGAGACGAAUAUCGAGCGCAUAUCAGCGCGUUUAUCACCCAAUGUGCAAUCGGGCUUGUUCAAUAUCAAGGAGGAAAUGUCUGCCUUAAUUGGAAAUGUGUUGAAUGAGAACAUCACCAAGUAUCAUGUGACGCUGUUGGAGAACUUGAAACGGCCUAUCGAUGAGCUCAACUAUUGCAUACGACAAAUUGAAGGCAAAUCUAUAUCGGGCUCUUUAACUGACUUUAUCGAUCCCUUGCAUAGUCUCAGCGAUCGCGUGCAUUUGGGUCAGGAGAUCAUGCACAUGUCUGGUGCGAAGCAAAACGAAAGAAAUCUUGAGGUCCUCGAUAGAAUGGAACAACUAAUUAGGCGCGUUGAGAUCGAUAUUGAAGAACAUGAAUUCAAGGUGCUGCAACGCGAAGUCGAACUUGAUGAGAAGCGUGCAAACGAAGAGGAGAAAUCUUUCCUUUACAUGCGGCAAGCAAUGGAAAUGAAGAUAGCUCAAGAUGAGGCUGGACAAUAUAUACAAGAACUACUGCACACAGUUACAGAGAUAGAGGCCACACCUGACUUGGAUGCUCAAACCCAAAAAGUGUUAUCAGUGCUAGACCAAAGUCUUACCGGCCUUGUCGCCGAUGUAGAAAAACUGAAGGAGUCACCGAGCACGAGGGAAGAAAACGAAGCUGCUACAAAAGUGCUAACCGACAUUGCCAAGCCACUGCAGGCAGCUGCUGAGGUUUUACGCAGGGCGCUAACGCCAGCAAAAGAACUGAAGGUAGAGCAGCUCCCACAAAGCGUGAGUCUGCAAGCAGUUUUGCAAGAGUUGAAUGAGGUCGUGGAAAAUAUACCCGAGCAAAAUGAGCAGAACGUAAAAUUGAAGGCGUUGCCCAUCGUACAAUCGGUGCUAAAAAUAGUGCCCGCGCUACAAACAAUCACAGAUUUACCACAAGCGUCAACAGCGGUAACGCACGCUGAGAAAAAGAAGGCAGCGGCAGAUGUUGAUAGUGGAGCUGCAAAGAAGCCGAAAAUGGCAGCUGAAGUCAGCGAUGAGGUAGAAACAGCACCAAUACCCGACGCGCCUACUACGGUUAAGGUUGAGCCAGCGACGAAAGCCGCGGAUGACGCUUCCACACUGGAGGACAUAUCCGCCAUGAAAUCAGCAGCUGAGUCAUUACCAGCAGAUAGUUUGGCCUCUGGACCAGAAGAUAAAACGGAUCAUCUCAAAGCUUUCGAAGCUAACAAGAACAAAGUGAACGCGCUGCUGUCGCAACUGAAGAAUAGCAUCGCAACAGUAUUGGCGCAUUGCGACGAAGUAGAUGUAGGCUCGCUGCAAGUGGAAACUGCGCAACAAGUGAAGGCAAGUCUCUCGAAGCUGGCAGGCGUCACUGAAUGCAUUGCUGAUGUGCAUCAACCAAUCGUUGUGGAGACACUGGGUUCACUCUCCGACGCCAGCGAGUGUAGAACGUUCGCUGAAGCUGUGUGCCAUUUGGAAGCUUGUGUGGUGCAAGUCGAGGAGUGCAUGGCACAAGCCGAUUUGAAGGAGCUGAGUGGUGGCGGCUCCAUUUCCGAAUUGAAAACACUAGCUCUACCCUUACAAGACCUUAAGGAGUGCAUUAAAGUCUUUCACAAUGAAGAAUUGGAGCAGGUUAUGAGUUUGGCAACAGCAAGCUUACCGCUAACUAGCGCACAAGUUUUACAAGACAUACAGCCCUUUGUGCUCUCAAUUAAGGAGAGUCAAGCAAUCGAAACUUUGCAGUCCUUAGCGGCGGAUGAGUCUCUAGCGCAGCUCAAACAAUUUAUAAAACCCAUACAAGAGCUGCAAACUGCCGUGCUGUCUACCGCUGAGCAGGUGCAUUUGUCGCAAAUUGAAAGUUUGCCCCAGCAGGCGAGCAUUGCGGUGUUGGAAAAGUGUGCCAAGCCUAUACAGGACAUCAGGGAAGCGCUACUGCAAGUGCAAGAUGAAACGCCACUGUCCACCCUAGAAGCUACUCCGGCAUUGCAAGUUUUGAAGGAAAAAAGUGAAGUUGUAUACAAUCUCCUGCAAUACUGUGAAAAAGUGGACCUGCAUGUAUUGGAGAAUCUUGCCGAUAUGUCUACACAAGCUGAUGUCUCUGCACUCAAAUCUUGCGCCGAGCUCAAGUCUUUGGAGACACAACUCGAACCUGCCGUUAGCGCGAAACAAGCAACAGUGAAGUACUUGGACGUCAAGGAAUGCAUUGCGGAUGGCAUCAAACAAAUACAAGUCUGCUUGACAUCAGCCGAAAAAAACGUGGUGCCCGAGUUGCACGAUGUUGGAGAGGUCAUGAAAGAGCUUAAACGUGAAUUAGAGCACAUGCAAAGUGAGUUGUCUGAACCAACAGCGCAGCAAAAUGCGGCCAAAGCCAAUCGUAGCGUAGCUAAAACGAUGUUCAAAUUGAAAGAGUGUCUGGUGCAUACCUACGAAGCUGGCGUUGAAAAGUCGCUGGAUGAAAUCGAGAAAACUUUCGAAGACAUACUAACAGCGCUGCCGACUUUAGAAAUACAGCUGGCACAAGAGAUGUACGCAAAAAUCGAGGCAUCGCUACACGCAUUUAACACCACUUGCGCACAACCAGAGGCGCCUGAGCUGGAAAAACUAAUAGAACCCAUUGGAGACAUUUUGAGCAGCACCAAAGCAAUUAAUGAGUUGAAGAGCAUAGAUGUUGAAAAGUCUUCAUUGGUGGUGGCGCAAUUACAAUCGCAUUUAAUGGCCGCAUUUAGAGCGCUCAACGAAGUUAGUGAAUCGCUUAGUGGAGCUGUGCGUGAAGCAGUUUUGAAAGCGCAAGAUGCUGUGCUAGCAACAAACGAAUUCAUUGCGGAAGCCAGCGAACAAAUUAGAACUAUUGAGCUGCUACAGGAGGUAGAUAGCUUGACGCCCAGUUUGGCUGCUAUUCCCGGAAGUUUUACGUCCGCAAGCGAGCAGGAACGGAAGCAAGCACUACUCGAAACGCUUAUGCAGCGUGUUACGCAAGGGAAAGCAUUUUUACAAAGCAUUGAAGAUGGCUUAAACGCAAACAAUCCGGUAUUCUAUAGGCUAGCAGAGCAAAACGAGCUAGACAUAAGUAGCGUAGAAGCAGCGCUCAUACGCAUCGAAAAGGAAAUCAUACCAAAACUGGAAACGCAGGUACCAGCGGCUGAUGACAGCGCGCUAGUCGAUGUGCUGGGAGUGCAUUUGAAAUCUUUGCAGGACAGUCUCGCCAAACUCAAUACUGCAGCGAUUGUGGUGGAAAAAGUACGCGUGGAUGUAGAAACAAGGUCGAUUGAGCAGCAAGAGCCGGAGCCGGGGCUCGUUGCGCAAAAAUCCCUAACCUCAACCACACCGCAGCAGACUUCAGCGAAGAAGGAGUCAUCACAGUUACGCGAAACUUCGCUACCCGCUGAGGAAGACAUAUCUACGCUAGAGGAAAUUUCAGCUAUCGAGUCUUACUUGGGCUCACCACCACCUAUUUCCCGUGCCGAAGAAGCGCCGCCUACACCGCCAGCUGACAAAGGUAAGGUCGAUGUGUUGUUGUCACAACUCAAAAGUAGCAUCGUCUCAGUGUUGGCACAUGGUCACGAAGUAGAUGUCGCCUCUCUGCAGCUGGAGACUGCACAACAGAUUAAGGCAAGUUUAACAAAAUUACAGAACGUAAAUGAAUGUUUUGCCGAUGUCCGUCAACCCACUGUCAUUGAGCCACCACUCCUAUCCCUCUCCGAUGCUAGUGAAUGCAAAACAUUUGCUGAUGCUGUGUGUAAUUUGGAAGCAUGCGUAGUGCAAGUUGAAGAAUGUUUGGCCCAAAGUGAGUUGCAAGAUCUGAGUGCGCAAGCGAUUUCCGAACUGAAAACUUUGGCACAACCACUGCAUGAAGUUAAGGAAUGCGUAAGAGUUUUCCGCAAUGAAGAAUUGGAGCAUGUGCUUAGUUUGCCAACAAUAAGCAUGCAACUAACCAGUGCUCAAGUUUUGCAGGACAUUCAACCGUUUGUGCUGUCGAUCAAGGAGAAUCACGCAUUGGAGACGCUGCAGUCGCUGGCGGAGAACGCAUUACUCGCGCAGCUCAAGCAAUUCAUACAACCCAUACAAGAACUGGAAAGCGCCAUACUAUCCAACGUUGAGCAGGUGCACUUGUCACAAGCUGAAAAUAUUUCUAGGCAGGAGAGCACCGCUAUAUUGGAAAAGUGCGCUAAACCUAUCUGGGAUAUCAGAGAAGCUUUGCUGCAAGUACAAGAAGAAACACCACUCUCCACGCUAGAAGAUUGUCCCGCACUGAAGGUGGUGAAGGAGCAGACCGAUGUCAUAUACCACCUGCUGCAAUACUGCGAGCAAGUCGACAUGAAUGCUUUGGAAAACAUUGUCGAAAUGUCAACACAAGCCGAUGUUUCGGCGCUGAAGUCCUGCGUGGAGCUGAAAUCCGUACACACGCAACUUGAGCCACCAGCCACAGGUGUGGUUGAAAGCGUUAAGCUGCAGGAUGUGCGAGAAAGUAUUUCGAAUGGCAUUAAUCAGCUACAAACGUGCUUGGAAAAGAGCACAGCAAACAAUGUCCCAGAACUGUGUGAAGUUGAGGUUGCUAUGCAGGAGUUGCAGCACGAGCUACAAAGUAUGCAAAACGAGCUUACGAAACCCGCCGCAGAACAACAAGCUGCCGAGUCGCAAACAAGGGUGGCCAAAGUAAUGUUUAAAUUGAAAGAAUGCAUCGUUCACACUUACGAAGCGGGCGUGGAAGAAUCACUAGACGAUAUUGAAAGAACCUUUGCCGACAUCCUACAGGCCAUGCCAACGCUAGAGCUGCAAUUAGCGCAGGAGAUGUGUGGCAAAUUAGAAUCGGCUGCAUCAGAGUUUGUCACUAGUUGCACACAGUCAGACGAUUUGGCAGACUUCCGUAAGUUAACACAGCCGCUUGAGCUGGUCUUAGCUAGCACUAAAGCCAUCGGUGAGCUCAAGUUGGUCGAGGUGCAGAAGUCCUCAUUGGCUGUGGCUAAUCUACAGUCGCAUUUAAUGGCCAUCUUUAGAGCGCUUGAUGAGAUUGGUGAGUCAGCAGCGGCGAAUGAACGAACAAAUUUUUCACAGUUACAAAAUGCCGUCCUAUCCAUUUCCGAGUUCAUUGACACCAGCGAAAACACGUUGCGCGCUAUUGAACUGAUACAAGAGUUGGAUACGCUCAUGACACAACUAAGCUUCGUGGCCAAUGAAGUACGACUUGCUAAGGCAAACGAAAGCAAGCGGGCGUAUUUGGAAGCAAUAAAUUCGGGCGUAGCCUCAGCGAAGGCCUUCUUACUCAGCAUCGAUGAGGGGUUGAAGAUAAAUAAUUAUGUCUUCGUGAAGUUAGCUGCAGAAAACGAGGUAGACAUUGAAAGCGUACAAGCCGCAUUGAUACGCCUGGAAAAUGAGAUACUGGAAAAGGUACGAACUGCAAGCUCCACAACAGAGGAAGAGGAAGCCGUAGUCGAUGCGCUGCGUGUGCAUUUGAAAAAUUUGCAAGACAAGUUCUUGGCGCUAAACAAUGCUGCAGCAAAGGAGAAGCCUAAGGUGGCAGAGCCGGAAGUUGUAGAAGCGAAGAUCAAUCAGAAGAGCGCUGCUGUUUCAGAACCAGAAAAAGUGACAGCAAUUGAGGUAGUCCAGCCGAUAGUUAAGAAGGAAGCUGGGCCAAUCGAAGCUGAAGCAAUAGCGCCGCAGGCUGUGACUCAUGAACAGGCAACGCCAGAAGAAAAGCUUGAGGUGACGGCUGACGAAACAAAGCCACAAGCAGCCAUCUCUGCGAAAGACAAGGAUACGCAAGAGGCUCCAGAAGCCGUGGUGGAACCGAAAGAGCCGCAAGCACCCACACUGCCAACCGAGCCAUAUCUCCAAAGAGCAGAAGAAUUGAUAAAUAACACACUCGCACUCACACAGGCGCUGAGUAACCAAGAAUUGAGCAAAGCCACAACGGAAGUCUACAAAUCGGUUGAACUCACUUUGAAAGAGAUUAAAAAUUUGCUACAAACACAACCUUCCAACAUAAUCGAAGAUCAUAUUUUCUUGCCGCUAUUCAAGUUGAAGGAUUUGAUUGCUUUCAUCAAGAGAACGCCAAUGGAUGAUGUUUCGAAGGCCGAGGAGGCUCAACAGGUUAUACAGAAUACCAACGGCGUGCUGCUACAAAUCUUGAAUGGUCAUCGGGGUCUACGAAACGCAAUGAUUUUCGAUAUUACCGAAGCCACGCUACCAUAUAUAGGCAGCAUAACGUCAUUCAUAACACAAGUAUUUCCGAACGAUAGAAAUCUGUGUGCGAUAUCGCGAGCGCUGCAACGAAUUUCCACGGAGAUGAAUGCGCUUAAGAAGGAAAAUACAUCAAAUAUGGAUAGAGGGUCACGUGCUUAUCAAAAUCUACAAUCAGCUUUGUACGAGUUGAAGAACUCAUUGGAUACGCUGUGUGCUGAACAGAAAAUCGAAAUCCUUCUACUACAAAAAGAAAGCUUAGAACGUAUUUGCAAAGCUAUGGAUGAAGGUCAGUUGAGAGAUGUUAUAGAGCUUAUACAGGAGUUUGAGGUGCAGAAGGAUUUCUUUGUGCAAAUGUUGGAAGCAUUGAAGAUUAUGUCCCAACAACAAGCCGCUGCUGCACGCCAAGAGGACAGCAAAGCUGAAAAGCUCGAGCAAGCUGCCGCCGACGAAGCGCUGAAGCAGCACAUCGAAAAUGUCUUGAACGUAAUUGCUGGCGAUGAGCGCUUAAAAGACAUCGGCAGUGAGCUUAGUGAGUCGCUCAAUGAUGAUGAAAGGUUCGCAAAACUUGUGUUCAAGUUAAGAGAACACAUUGUGCACACUUACGACGGUGGUCCACGCGCAGCAGACGAAAGCGCUGAAAAAUUGGAAGACAUUAUUGAGAACUUACUCGCUAGCAAUCCAGAAGCUGCUCGAAAAUUGACGGAGGAAUACUAUGAGUAUAUCGAAAAUAAUGUGAAGCAAAUAUCGGAGAAAAUUAAGAUCAUAGAAAACGCCGAGCUGCGUACAAAGGUGAGCGCCUUAAACCCCCGGCUGAAAGCAUUGGCUGCGGUUGUUAAAGACGUAAAAGAACUAAAAAUAGCAAAAAAGUUGGCAGACAGGCAGAAGAAUCUGAAAAAAGAGCUCUUAAAUACUGUCGAGUUUUUGGAUGACUUGGCUAAGCCAUUGGCUGCAGAUUUGCAAGCCAAUAUUGAAAAACUUAAAAAGCUCGCGCUGAGAGAAUACGAUUAUAUAAAUAAUAGUGAAAAAGCAGCACAAGCACCGAAGAUUCUCUUGGAUACAUAUUUCUUAACGAGUGGCUUGACCGACUUGUGCGCUAAAUUGCAAAGAGCAGCGUUGGUGACUGCAGAGGCAAAGGAAAGCGAGGUUGUGGUUUUGGAAACUGAAGAUGCCCAGCUAAAAGUGGAAGUGAAACCCAAAGUUGAAGUCGUUGAAGAAAAAGAGCAGCUUCAGCAAGACGCGGUUACAGGCAGAGAUGUGUCAGUUGAGCCCCAGGUAACUACCGCUGCUACAGAAAUCGCCGAGGUGCCAGCAUUCGAUGAAAAAGAAGUCAGUAUGGAAGUUGAAGACGUUCAACGAGCAAUAGCCAUAGAAGAGCCGAAAACCAAAACAGUUGAUGAAAGUAAAAGUGAGGAAAAAUUAGUUGCUGAAGCUGACAAAGCACCUACAACUACUGAAGAGCCUCUUAAACCGAAUUUAUUGAAACAUUUUACGGACAUAGUCGAGGUAACUGCUAAAAUACGAAACGAAGUCGGGGCUACAAAAAAUCCAAUCUUGCGGGCAAAAUUAUUACAAUUCGAUGCACCGCUAGCAACCAUAGGAACAAUUUCGGAAACUGUAAAACUAUCAAACAAUAUAGACAAGUCUUCAGAGAAAAUAGCUACUUUACAAAAAGUACUAAUGAACCUCUUUGUAACCUUGGACGACCUACAACAACAGUCGACGGGAGAGCUAACAAAGCACAUCGAAGAUGUUAAAAAGCUGGCAUUGAGUGGAUUCGAAACUGUAGAAAAGAGCGCGGCAAGCGCAGACUCAGAGAAAAUACUCCUCAGUAUUUGUGAUUUAACGAAGGGAGUCUUAGAGGUUUGCAAGGAAUUGCUAAAGAUUGAGGAAGAACAACUUGAGACGACUGAGACGACAGAUACACAGACAAUAUUUGAAGAGCAGGUUCAGGAGACGAAAACUGAACAAGUUGCUGCAGUUAAAGAGGUACAAGAGCAGGUGUUAGCGGAAACACGGCCUCAACUUGAAGACGAGGGUAAAAAAGAAGAUCAACCAGCUGAAAAAGUGGCAGAUGCGAGAGUUGAAGAGCAGGCUGGCAAAGCUCAACAAGAGACGCCGACUACGGGAAAUAAUGAGACAAAAGAUAAAGAAAAAGCAGCGCCAGAGUCACAAAAUAUAGAAGAGGAAGUCUCAGUGGAAACGAAACCACAAAUCGGAGAACAAAAGAAGACAGAAGAGCUGCCAGAGGAAAAAAAUAAAAGAAUUGAAGAGCAAAUAGUUGAAGAUAUCGUUGCGAAGGAGGCUACUACCGAGUCGCCAAAACAGGCAGAUAACCCAGCAGAGGUAACGAUAGAAGAACAAUUGAUGCCAGAAACCCUGAAAAGUGAAGAGAUACCUUCACAAGAACCGGUAUCUGUUGCCGAGGAACAAAAGAGAGAGAAAAAAGAAGCGCAACGAGAAGUCGCUGCAUCCACAGAUAAACAAGCACUUGAAGAGGUGACGAGAGUAGUUGAAAAAGAGAAAACAAAUCAAGAACAAGUUGUUGCCAAAGAACAGUUGUCGGAAGAAAAAGCGCAGAGUGAAAGUGAAGAGCAGAAGGAGGCGCAAAAUGAACAGCAGGAAGAAAAGAAAAUAUUAUCCCAAGUUGAGACUGAAGAGCAAGCUAUUUUAGAAACGAAGACAGAAAAGGUGGAACCACAAGUCGAAGCGAAAAAGUUAGAAGAGGCAGUUGAAAAAGAAAAGACUGUGGAGCAAGUUUCACCACAAUCCAAAGCCAUUGAUACGCUGAUAACCAAACCCGAGGCACAGAUAGCUACAAAAGAGGAAACAAAGGAACAACCUGAAGAACAAGUCACUCCUGAAACGCAGCCUGUUACUGAAAUUCAAGAGAGCAAAGAAGUAAAACCGGAAGUCGAGAAAGCAGAGAAGCAAAUAGAAAAACCAAAGAAUCCACUGGAAAUACCCGAAGUACAUGUCGCUCAGGAAACAAAGGCCUCGCCAACAGUUGAAGUUGCCACCUCCAGAGAAGACAAACCCGAAACGACGGCAAUAAAAGACAGCAGUGAAGAACCAAUUCCGCUGGGUGAAAAGACAAUAAAAGCAGUCACAGAAGAGACCAAGACCGAAGUGAAAGAGGAAGCUAAAAAGGUUCAAGAACAGCUUCUGGAAGACAUUCUAGAGCCACAGGAGGCAAACGAUGAAAAUCGCAAACCAGAAAUAGAAGACCAAGUUGCUUCAGUGGCGCUGAUUGUAGAUGUUAAAAAGCCCGAAUUACAGCUUAGCGAAGAAAACAAAGGAGCUGAAGAGACUGAGCAAGUCAAACCCGCUGUUACAGAGAAAGUUGGAGAGCAAGGUGUUGCCGAACAACUGAAACCAGAACUGAAGAAAGAGAAACUUGAGGGUGAGAUUGACACAGAAAAACAAAAGGCUGAAGAACGCGAUGAACUGCGCAAGGCUAAGGAAGAAUUAACUCCAAAAGAAAACCCGCACGAGCAAAAAGUCGAAAAAUCGACCACAGACAAAAAGGAGAUUACAGACCUUCAACCGUCACAGGAAUUAAGUACUAAAUUAGAGCAAUACUUCGCAAGUAUCUCGCAGACUGCUGUAAAAGUAACAGCGAAAAUUUCAGAAAUAAAACCGCAGAGAAUUCACGAAAAGUUGGUUGCGCUUCCACCUUUGCUAGAAAAAAUUAUCCAGGUCUCUGAAAAUGUAAAGAAUCUACAACGAGUUGAAAAAGCCGCACAGCGAAUGGUUACCCUACAGAAAGCAUUAAUGGAUACCUUUGUUAUAUUUGACGAUCUUCACGAAAUAGCAACAACUGAAGUGAAGACGCAGCUGGAGAAAGUUAAAGAACUCGCUUUGCAUCUGUACGACAACAUUGAGAAGUCCGAAAAGUAUGUGGAGUCAGAGGGAGUAUUGUUAGACUUAGUCCAACUAACGGGUAGUGUUCUGGAAGUGUGCAGCGUACUUCAGAAAGAAGUGUCACACGAAAAGGUUAUUGAAGCGAAGCCCAUCGAAAAGAAACUUGGAGAGGAAGAAAGGCCAACAGAACAGAAAGUUGAAGAGAAACAAGAGCCAGAGGAGAAAGUUAUUGAAAAGACACCUGAAGAAAAGCAAAUAACCGAGAAAGAUACUCUAGCAAAGGUGCCUGAAGAAAUAGUAGUUGCGCAGAAACCAGAAGAGGAGUCUAUAAAACAGCAGCACGAGGAACCGAAAGUUCCAACACAAGAAGCUGUUGAGAAACUCGUGGAAACAACCGAAGCAGAUAAGCUAAUUGAAUCACCAACUGAACAGAAGAAGUCACAGGAUACUGAGAAAGAUAAAGUGUUAGAAGACACAAAGCUUAAAAGGAAGGCAGGCAAGCAAAAAUCGGUGGAGGAAAAACUUUCUGAAAAGUCAACUGAGAAGAAACCUGUUGAACAGAAAGUAGAAGAAAAGUCAAUAAGACAGACGGAUGAAGAAAUGAAAAAACCAGACGCGAAAGUACCAGAAACAGAAAAGGCCAAUGAAACACCAAUCGAGUUAAGAGAAGCAGAGAUGUCCAAAGAAACGGCAGCAAAUCAAAAGUCGGCAGAGGAUAAGCCGCAUGAAAAAAUGCCUGAAGAGGAAACCGUUGAGAAAAAGUCAGAAGAAAAGUCUAAAGAACAAGAGGAGAAAGUGAAGGGAAAGCCUAAAGAAAAAUUGCAAGAAACACUGACCGGGCAGAAACAACCUAAUGAGAUUGAGAUAGAGCAGGCUAUAGAACAAGAGAAACCGAAAGAAAAACCUGCUAAACAAAAAUCGGUGGAGGAUAAAGUUCCAGAAAAGGUACCAGCGGAAAAGCCUGUAGAAAAGAACACUGCAGAGAAAGAAUCCGAGGCGCAGUCAAAAGCACAGAGGAUUGAUGAAAACAAGAAACUAAAAGAUAAAGUAACCGAAGAGAAACCUGAAGAAAAGCAAGCUGUCGGCCAAGAUACUUUGGACGCGAAAAAGCUAGAAGCAGAAAAAGUAAGCGAAAUAGUAUUCGAACCAAAGGAAGAAAAGGUCAUCGAACCAAAGCCGGUGGAGGUAAAACCACAAGAGGAGCUAGGAGAAAAACCUGUUGAGAAAAAGAUACAAGAAAAGAGUACGGAGAAAAAGGAUGAAGCGAAAGAGAAUUUGAAAGAGAAAGUGGAUGAAGCUGCGGUUGAAGAGAAGAGGCAGGUAUGUUUGGAAGCGCAAAAGUCAGAGUUAGAUAAAGAAACAGAGGUUGAACAAAAGAAAUUAGAGGAUGAAGGGCAUAAAGAGAAACCUGUUGAGAAAAAAGUACAAGAAAAGACAGCCGAGGAGAAGGAUGAAGAAAAGAACAAAAAAGAAAAGUUACCCGAACCGAAGGCUCAAGAAGUGCCAGUCGAUGAGACCAAGAUAGAAAGUGAGCAGAAAAAAGCACAAGAAGAAAAAUCGAAGAAGGAAGAAAAAACAGGAGAUCAAAAAAUCGGAGUGGCCAAGCCAACUGAACAAGAUGCAGCGAAAACAAAGCCUGUUGAAGUAGAAAAAAUUGAAGACGCAAUCGUAAAAGAUGAUGAAAAGAAUCCUAAAUUGGAAGAAUUUUACAAGAAAAUUACUGAGACUCAGAAUAUUCUGCAAAAAGAAAUCGAAGCGGCUAAAGAUAUUUUAUUGAGCCAGAAAUUAACUGCUCUCCAACCACAAAUUGAGAAGCUUGUUGUAAUUACGCAGACUAUUAAGAAUAACGAUUGUGUAGAAAAGGCUUCAAAGGAUAUUGUGCGUCUUCAAAGGGUGCUGAUGGAUAUCUUCAUUACAUUUGAUGAUCUGCAUGAUGUAAAAUUCCAUAUCUUGAAAUCGAAAAUCGAAGAGAUAAAAACGAGUGCUCUUGCAGAAUAUGAUUACAUUGAAAAGGGUAAGAGACAAAUAAAUUCUGAAGAGUUAUUGAAAAGAAUGUCCAUUUUACUGAAAAAAGUCUUGGACACAUGCGUAGAACUUCGAAAAGUAUCCGAAAACGUACCGGUCGAAAGCGCCGAACCGGAUUCCGACAAAGAUAACACUGCCAAAGCAGCGACUGCAGAAAAAGUGGAAACGGUUGAGAAGAAAGCCAAGGUUGAACCCACCGAAGAGCCGUUGAAUCAAAGUUUGCCACUAUAUUAUAACCAAAUAGUUGAAUCUGUGUCUAAAACGUCCGUCAAGCUUUCCGAAAUGGACGAUAAUGAAUUCCGCGUGAAGUUGAUGCCAUUGCACUCGACGCUUCAAGGCGUUCUUUCAAGCGCUGAACAUCUGAAGGGCGUGAACAAGAUCGAGAAGUCUAAAGAGAAGGUGGUAACAUUGCAGAAGAGUCUCAUGGACAUCUACGUUCUCUAUGAUGAUCUUCAGGCUAUAAAUGCCCAGGAAUUGAAAGGAGAUUUAGAGCAAGUGAAGACUUUAGCGCUGAAACAUUACGAUCUCAUUGAUAAGAGUUUUAGAGAAGUUAAUUCGCAAGAGAUCUUAGUGGAGUUAGUAAAACUUUGUCAAGAGAUUCAUAGAGUUUCUGAAAAUAUAUGUCAAUAUGUGAAGAGAUCUAAGGAAGAAGAAACACUUAAGAAGGCCAAGGAGUCUGCCGAAGCAGCGGAUGCCGAAAAGAAGUUGGAUAAGAAAAAGGAGAAAGUGGAAGAUGAAAAGAAAGCAGACGAUUCGGCCGAAAAGUCAGAUAAGAAAGUGGCGCAAGAGAAGGUAAUUGAAGAAGCAAAGAAGGUCGAAGAGAAGCCUAAGAGCAAGGAUAAGAAAAAUACUACUGAAAAAGAAAUUAGAAAGGAAGAGAUGCUUAAAGAGGCUGUAGAUGCUAAGAAGCAAUCCGACCUAACUGAAAAGACGACUGAAGCACCCGAAAAGGCUGAACAACAGACUGCAAUAGACAUUAUCCAGAAGAAAAUUGAAGAGGAAAAUAAAUUGGAGAAAGUAGGUGAUGAACCUGCCACUAAAGUUGAUAAGGAAGAAGAAAAACCGAAGAAAGUCGAAAGAAAGAAGAGUCCAAGAGAAGUACGUGCUGAAAAGAGAGAAGAACUUACGCGGAUUGAAAAGGAAGCAAUAGAGGCUAUUGUACCGACAAUGCAGGAGUCAACUGACAAACCUCGACUGACUGAAGAGAAAGUAAAAGUGGAAAAUCAAAAAAUUAGUGCUGAAGAGGACGAGAAAAAGAAGAAAAUGGAGGAGACAUCAGUCGAAACGACGCCAAAGAAGGAAGCUGAAGAGGACAAAAUCAGGGAAGCUGCAGUAAAGGUAGAGGAACAUAAGAAAGAUGAAAGUAAAAAGAGCACGGAAGAAGUUAAGGCAGCUGAUAAGAAACAGCCGGGAGAGGUCAGUGAACCGGAGGUAACAGAAACCCUGCCUAAGAAAUCUGCUGAGAAACCUGAUGAUAAACCCGCUGAGAAACUUACCGAAGAACUUAAUGAGGCUGAUAAAAAACCAAAGAAGACAGCGAGAAAGAAGAGCGAAGAAGAGAUAAAGAAAAUACAAGAGAAACCAACUAGUCCAAAGCAAGUUGGUGAGAAGAAAGAUUUAGAAACACUCGAGGAAGUUGAAAAGCCUAAAAAAGAUAUCGAGCUGCCCGAAGAAAAGCCGAAAAUAGACGUAAAAGAGAAAAGAGUUGAGGCAGAAAAGAAGGCAGAUGAGAAAAAACCGGAAGAAUCUAAAAAUAAUAAAAAUAAGUUGGAGCCUACUGCUACUGAAGAAUCUGAGAAAGCUGUUGAUAAGCCGAAAGACGUCAAAGUGGAGAAAGGGGCUGAAGAAGACAAGACGGCCGAGCAGGAGAAAUCUGAAAAGCUUGAGGUUUUCGAAAAGAAAGCUGAAAAACUUGCUGAAAAGCCUGCGGAAGAAGCUGAUAAGGCUCAAGAAAAGCCCAUAAAUGAAAAGAGGAAGAUGAGUGCUGAGGAAGUGAAAAAAGGCGAGGAAGAGAAGCCUGCAACUCUUGAAGCUGUCAAAAAGAAGCCUGAAACCGUUGAAAAAUCUGAAGAAAAACUUGCUAAAAAACCUGGUGAAGAAGCUGAUAAGACUCUAGAAAAGCACAAAAAG